UGCCACUGAGAGAGCAUAAUGACGUGGUGAACUGUGUGUGAAAAAGAACAAUAAAUUGCCGACAAAUCUCUAGUGUAAUUAAAUUAGUUACCGCACAGGAACGCACUGAACCCGGUUCCAAACUCUGAGAGUCCUGGAACAUUGGCAAGCAGGCUCUGCAAAUAGCAAUCUCCACAUCGACACAAUCAAAAAUCUCGCAAGAACAAGAGCAGAACCCUACAACAGGGAGGAAGAAGAAGAGGGCGACAACGACGACGGGCGGUGCAGAAUAUGAAUUAGAGAAUAAUUAGCGAUUGGAGCGCGUUAGCCAGUUGGCCUGUUUUGUGUUUUGUUAGCCCCUUUCUGGCAGCCCCUGCCCCUGUCCCCGGCCACAGUCCCAGCCCCCGGAAUCGAUACACGUGUGCAGCAGCGGGAACGACAACGACAGCGGCGACCGCGUCAAAGUCAACAAUAAAAGUCGGGGGCCGGAGAUUAAUGAGAGGCUAGCUAAGCGACGACCAUGAUGAACGAGGACAGCAGCGCUGCCAGCGGCGGCGGCGUCAAGAAGUUCUUUCAACGCCUCUCACAGACCUACCAAUCCACCUUGGACCGGAGCACACCGCACACACGGAUGCGCUGGGUGUUCGCCGGCUUCCUGCUCCUGCUCUUCGUGCUGCGUAUCUUCAUCUACCAGGGCUGGUACAUCGUGUGCUAUGCACUGGGCAUUUACCACCUGAACCUGUUCAUCGCCUUUCUGACGCCCAAAAUCGAUCCGGAGUUUGAUCCCUACUCGCAGGACGACGAGGACGAGGGACCCAAUCUGCCCACGCGCAGCAACGAGGAGUUCCGGCCGUUUAUCCGCCGCCUGCCGGAGUUCAAGUUCUGGCUGUCGGUGGCGAAAAGCACACUUAUCGGGCUGAUUUGCACGUUCUUCGAUUUCUUCAACGUGCCGGUGUUUUGGCCCAUCCUGGUCAUGUACUUCAUUACACUGUUCUGCAUCACGAUGAAGCGCCAGAUCAAGCAUAUGAUCAAGUACAAGUACUUGCCGUUUACGCGCAACAAGCCGCGCUACCAGCGGGUCAACGACCUGGCGGCAUCCGGACCCGGCUCCGUCGCGGGCAACGCGAAGUGACAAUUAGCCGCACAGACGCCGGACACACGGGCGACGGCAGUGGGAGCGAGCACUCCAUCGAGCGCCACCUCUCCCGCUGCAGCGCCACCAUCAACAACCAGCGACAGCGCAGCGACCAAGGAUGUGGGGUCGUCAACAGUGGGAGGAUCAACAGCAUCGUCCAUCAAACCACCGCAGAUCAUUGCCAUUGAGGACUACUAGAGAAAGCUACCGCAAGCAGCCCGGAAUUGGAAUUGGAUCCAAAAGCAAAACAUCAACCAGAACCAAGCUUACAAUAUGAUUUUCCUUUUCGGUUUGUGUAGCAUUUUUCUUUUCACUGUUGAGUUGUCGUACGGCGUCUUGUGCAAAUUACCUUGUUUAUUGUUUAAUCUAAAUGCUUGUUUAAAUUUAUAUUUAUUUACAAUGCUUUCUAUCUAUUGUAAAUCCCCCAACGAUACCGAAAAAACAACAGAUCAGCAAUUAUUUAAUUUUUCAUCCUAACUAUAAUUUUAAUAUUCUUCUAUCCAAAAAGUAGAAUUACUGUAUUCGAAAACUAAUAUUUUUGAUUUAUCAUGCUUAGAUGCUAUAACAAUGUAUGCCUAAAUAUAUAUACACAUAUAUAUUUUGCAUUACGAUUAUACAAUUUUUGUUAGCGUUAACUAUACAAAAUGUUAGAAAGGCGAAAUGAAAACUGAAACUAUAGGAGGUGUACACUGGGUGCGUCUUAUGAAUAAAGAAAGACACAAGAAAUCCAA